AUGCCGGGACACACCGAUAGUGAGAGGAAGUUCGCCCUCUGGAUUGAUGUCCUGGCGGGGAGCUGUGGUGGGACGCUCGCGAAGUCCAUCCUCAGCCCUUUCCAGCGCAUCGUGGUGCUCCAGCAGCUCGGGCAGCACCCCGGCUACGGGGUCUGGCAGCUCGCCCGAUGGGUCUACGCCCACGACGGCCUCCGCGGCUUCUGGCGGGGCAACCUCACCUCCAUGAUCAUUCGCGUGCCCUACAGCGGGCUGCAGUUCGCCAUCUACGGGCGGGUGAAGUUUUGGAUGCAGGAUUGGCUGGACCGGGCGUCGGGCGAGCGCGGGCGGCGGGUGGAGAUGCUCGAGCGGUUCCUUAUCAAGUGCGGCGCGGGCGGGAUCGCGGCGAUCCUCGCCAGCGCGGUGGUUUACCCUGGCGAGGUUGUUCGCCUCCGGCUGAUGUCCGGGGAGCGGCGGUUCAGCGGGAUCCUCACCACUUGUCGGCUGAUCUAUCGGGAGACGAAUUCGGUUCGGAAUUUCUACCGCGGUUUCGCCGCCUCGUCGAUGCAGAGGGUACCGGAUAUCCUCGUUUGUUUCGCCACCUACGAGACGGUGAAGUAUGCUCUGCUUGAUAGCCCGAAUCCGGUGCUUUUUAACACGAAUCAUGCCACACGGAAUGUGCUUUCCACGGUGGUGGGCGGCUCGCUCGCGGCGUUAGCCUCCAUCGCGGUAACGUUUCCGUUGGAUGUUGCCAAGCGCCGGAUUGGAAUGUCAGGGCAGAGCAACGAUAGGAUACUCUACACGAGUGUUGGGAAUUGCCUUCGACGGGUGUAUGCGAAGGAGGGGAUUCGGGGCUUGUACGCGGGAUCCCUUAUGGAGGCCGUGCGCUGCGUACCACAGGUAAUAUUGAUGUGGUUUUUUAUUGAAGGAAUACAGAAGCAGCUCUCGGAAAGAUGUGACCGAUAG